UAAAUACCAGUCCUCUGACUCCUCUCCACCAAAAACCCAACCACUCUUAGCUAUGGACUCCAAUUAACACCCCCUACAUUUCCAUUCAAUUCACUCUCUAGUCUCUCCCAUUUCAACAAUGAAGGAUUCCACUGUUUACUCACUCUUCUUCUUCUUCUUCUUCUGUUUUGGCGACUUCGCUGACUCUUUGACUCCCGACGGCCUCUCCCUCCUCUCCCUCAAAUCCGCCGUCGACCAGUCCACCGCCGGCUCCGCCUUCUCCGACUGGGCCGACUCCGACGCCUCGCCCUGCCGAUGGACCGGCAUUUCCUGCAUGAACAUCACCGGAUUCCCCGACCCCCGCGUCGUCGGGAUCGCGCUCUCCGGCAAGAAUCUCCGGGGCUACAUCCCCUCCGAGCUCGGAAACUUAGUCUAUCUGCGGCGGCUCAACCUCCACAGCAACAACUUCUACGGCGCCAUCCCGACUCAGCUCUUCAAUGCCACGUCACUCCACAGCCUCUUCCUCUACGGUAACAACCUCUCCGGUCAGCUCCCGCCGUCGAUCUGUAACCUCCCGCGCCUCCAGAACCUCGACCUCUCCAACAACUCCCUCUCCGGUUCGUUAGACAAGGGCCUCAACAACUGUAAGCAAUUGCAGAGACUGAUACUCGCCGGAAACCAUUUCACCGGCGAAAUCCCGGCCGGAAUUUGGUCCGGUAUGGAAAACCUCCUCCAAUUGGACCUCUCCGACAACCGUUUCACCGGAUCGGUGCCGGAAGAUUUCGGCGACCUGAAGUCUCUCUCCGGCACGCUCAACCUCUCGUUCAAUCACUUAUCCGGCAAGAUUCCGAAAUCGCUGGGAGACUUACCGGUGACGGUGAGCUUCGAUCUCCGCAACAAUAAUUUCAGCGGCGAAAUUCCCCAAACGGGGUCGUUUUCGAACCAGGGCCCGACCGCGUUUCUCAACAACCCUCUCUUAUGCGGGUUUCCGCUCCAGAAAUCUUGCAAAGACCAGGCCCCGAGUUCCCCGGGUAACCCGAAUUCCUCGCCCGGAUCCGACAACAACCCGAAAAAGGGGUUGAGUCCGGGUCUGAUCAUCCUCAUCUCCGUAGCCGACGCCGCCGCAGUCGCAUUCAUCGGUUUGGUCGUAGUUUACAUUUACUGGAAAAAGAAGGACAAUGCCAACGGCUGUUCAUGUACCGGAAAGACAAAAUUCGGCGCGAACACCGAGAAAAGCCGACUCUGUUGUUCUUGCAUCAACGGCGGGUUCGGGAACUCGGACUCCGAACUCGACCCGCCCGAGAGAGGAAGAGGCGAAGGAGAGCUUGUGGCAAUCGAUAAGGGGUUCACAUUUGAACUCGACGAGCUGCUGAGAGCGUCGGCUUAUGUUCUGGGGAAGAGUGGGUUGGGGAUUGUGUACAAGGUGGUGCUGGGGAAUGGGAUUCCCGUGGCGGUGAGGAGGUUGGGGGAGGGCGGCGAUCAGAGGUACAAGGAGUUCGCGGCGGAGGUUCAGGCGAUCGGGAGAGUGAAGCAUCCGAACGUGGUGAGGCUGAGGGCGUACUAUUGGGCCCCCGACGAGAAGCUCUUGAUCAGUGAUUUUAUUUCGCAUGGGAACUUGGCCUCUGCGAUUCGCGGGAGAAAUGGUCAGCCUAUAAGCCUCUCAUGGUCAACGAGGCUGAAGAUCUUAAAGGGAACAGCGCGAGGCUUGGCCUAUCUCCACGAAUGCAGCCCCCGAAAAUUUGUCCAUGGAGACAUCAAACCUUCCAACAUUCUACUCGACAACGAAUCUCAACCCUACAUUUCGGAUUUCGGACUCAACAGACUGAUCACCAUAACUGGCAACAACCCCUCCUCGGGUGGCUUGAUGGGUAGCGCUCUCCCUUACAUGAAAUCUAGCCAAACGGAGCGAGCCAACAACUACAGAGCUCCGGAGGCUAGAGUCCCGAGUAAUAAACCAACUCAAAAAUGGGAUGUUUAUUCAUUCGGAGUUGUCCUGCUGGAGUUGCUCACAGGAAAGUCUCCAGAGCUAUCUCCAACUAGUACCUCAACUUCCCUAGAGAUACCGGACUUGGUGAGGUGGGUGAGGAAAGGAUUUGAGGAUGAAAACCCUCUUUCGGAUAUGGUAGACCCUGUGUUGCUUCAAGAAGUUCAUGCCAAAAAGGAAGUGCUAGCAGCUUUUCAUGUAGCACUUGCUUGUACUGAGCCUGAUCCUGAGGUUAGGCCGAGGAUGAAAACUGUCUCCGAGAAUCUCGAAAGGGUUGGAUCAUGAGAUGACAGCAUUUUCUAGUCAUGAACUCAAAGAAAACUCACCUGAAUUUCCUGGUUCAAUGCUUCUCAUGGUGAAUUUUGCUAGGUUGUGGUGGCAUUUAGAUCAAUCUUUUCACUGCCGCCGUCUAGAUUUAUUUUAAAGAUCCAAAUCGUCCCUGACGAACCACAUAUAUUCAAUUAUUCAUAUGUUUUCUACUUUCGAAGACUCGAAGUAGAGCAAAUUCGAAGAGCAUAAUUUUGUAAUUUGAUUCCCAUUGUGAUAAAUUGAUAGUAUUUAAGA